AUGGCCGCACAAGUGGCAACAGCCCCAACAUCAACUGGUAAGAAAAGGUCGAAUGUAGCUAGCAGCGUGAGUCAAGAUUUGAAAUCUGCUAAAUCUGGAGUAGUUGGUGGAGCUGUACUUGGGGUAGGAAAUGGGACUGUCGUUCAUGCUAUGAAUAAUGUAGAACGUAAUCAGCAUGAAUUGAACCCGAACAGAGCUCGAGUUUUUCCUGUAAACAACAAUUCGAGUCAACGUGAGAAGGAAAGUGGAGAUUCUACAUCAGAGUCUUUCUCGACUACAAAUUCUAGCAUGAGUUCGGGAAGCAUGGAGACGGGAACGCUUGCCAGUCAUAAAGUGAAAAAUGUUAGCGUCGGAGAUCCUCCUCAAUCGCACCACCACACACCUCCACAGCAACAGUCAUUCAAUCAAUUCAUUCAGCACCAACAACGCCAAAUUCACAACAACAACCAGCAGUCGAUACAUGGAGGAGAAAGUGGAAACCACCAACAUGGAGGAAAAGAGAACGUUGUUUUAGGGAAUCAAAUCGAACGGCAUCAGCAGCAACAAAUGCUAAAUAAAAGUGAGGAGGAGGACCAACCGGGCAAAACGGAGGAACGGAUGAACAGCAGGUACGACCAUGCCAGUUUGGGACCAACUAAUAACAACAUCAACCCGUCCCAAAGUGGGAACAGCUCAGUUUCGGAGUUUAAUAAUAGUUAUUAUGGAAAGGGAAGAGGAGGGCCUUGCUUUGAUCAACAUGGCGGACAACAAAGCCCAGGGUCUGGGAUAAUGCAUUCGGUACAACAGAACAAUAUGGAUCAAGUUCAACAAAACUCCCACGAAGGGUACCAAAACAACCCGUACAAUCACUACCCGAACUACCGACCUGGCUACGGUAACAGUGGAUAUGGGAUGAUGAGUCCCUCUCGGCAGGGGAACAACAUGAUGGGCCCAGCCAGCAACACGGCUGCUGCUAAUCAUAGCAGAGCUGCCAUGGCUGCUGCCUCUUCUUCUGGUGGUGCUAAUAUUGGAGGGUUUCACAGAUUUCCAGGGCAAAGUCAGCAGCAUCCAUCGGGGGCUACCCCGACUCUAAACCAGUUACUGACAUCCCCGAGCCCUAUGAUGCGGGGCUAUGGCAGUGGCUAUCAAGAUUACACUAAUCCUUCUGUUCAACAACAACAAUCAAGCAUGGGGCUGACUAAAGACCUGAGCUCCCAAUACGGUUCAGCAACUCAUAGUUGGGGAGGACAAGAAAGAAAUCACCCUGCCAUGAGCCCUGGAAACAACGGACAAGGAAGCGGCAGAUCACAGGUAAAUUAUGCAUUCAUAUUUGUCACUUUUUACUAAUUGGACGAACUAUAACUUUCCAGUCGGCUUGGCUAGUUAAUUUAACUAUGGACAGACAAGUUAGCUAUGCUAAUGUAUUAACGUUAGCUACCCAGCGUCGCUAGGACCGCUUUUGUACAUUCUACUGAAGAUUAAAUAAACAUGCACUCGGAGAACACCCAAAUUGUCAUUUUCUGAAUUCAGCAGCCUUGUGGGCAGCUAACUAAAUUAGUUAACUAUUCUGUUAUGGUUGAUUGAAGUUGCAAUUUCUGUCCAAGGUGAUUUCUGGUUGGGGAUCACAGACCUUUCCGUUAACUAGACUUGAGAGACUAGCAAGCAAGCUAAGUUAGUCUGCAAGCUAAGUUAGUCUAUGUUCCAACAUUUCAAACUUUAGCUACAGUACUGUACCAUGUAAACGUAUGCAUUCACGUGCUGAUUAAUUUACUACAACAUUUGCUAUUUAACUUGUGGACUUGCUUAGACUGCACAGGAUCUGUGCAACUGCUGAGAUAUUGAAGUAUCCGUUUCAUAUCUCAAAACACAUACUUUUGUUGAACAAGCAGAAUUCUUACUAGCUAAAGCUAACAUUCGUUUGUUCAUAUCCAGCUAGCUAGAUAUCAUACACUCCAAUUGUUGUUAUCUGCUAGUGCAGUUAGCUAGCUAUAACAGCCUGCUAACGUUAGCUUUGUCACACCAAUUUGAAGGCCUCGCGUUGGCCAAGUAGCUAGAUGUGCUCCUCAGCACGUAUUAUGAUAAUUAUUUAACGUUCAAUUUAUUUCAACAGGAAAAUUCCAUUGAGACCAAGACCUCUUUUACAAGGAAGCCCAGCACACAAUCAUACAAAUUCACAAUAUGUACAAGCAAUUGAAGAAAAUUAACAUUUGAAGAAAAAAAAACACCUUCUGAACUGCCCUAGUGGCACCAAAACAUCAAACUUUAGCAUUCUGGACAUCAUUCCACAAGUAAGGUGCAAAAAAAACUAACCACCUAACUAUCCACCUAACUCAGUGGAGACCGAAGGGAUCUCCAGAGUUAGCCAUCCAUGUGAUCAGGUUUGGUGACUUGUAUGUAUAAUUUAGCAAUGAUGUAAGGUAUGGCAGAAAUUUGCACGAGGGCUUUAUAAACAAAAAUACAGCAGUGCCUUGAUCUACAAUAUUUAAGAGAAGGCCAGCCUACUUUCUGAUACAGAAUGCAGUGACGUGUACUGAACCUAUCUCCCAUAAUAAAGUGUAGUGCGCUAUGAUAAACUGCGUCCAAUGGCUUCAAUACAGUGGCAGCUGCAUCCAUAUAGACGAUAUUGCCAUAGUCUAAAGGCAGAAUGAAUAUCGACUGAAUGAUUGGUUUUUCUGCUAUUUAACUAAAUGCAUGCCCUGUUCCUAUAAAGGAAGCUCAUUUUAAUUAUUUAACGUCUUAACUCAUCAAUAUGCUUUUCGUCAGUCCAGAUACCCAGAUAUUUAUAAGCAGCGACACAAUCAAUGUGGGCACGAUCCAAUGUACAUUUGUAUUUAUUAGGGAUCCCCAUUAGCUGCUGCCUUACUCUUCCUGGGGUCCAAACACAUUUAAGGCACUUACAUUACAUAUAAAACAGUAUAUCAUAUAACAUUAUUACACCACUACAUAUCUACAAUAAAAAAUGUAUAAUACCACCAUACAACAAUAUUACAAUAUACACUACCGUUCAAAAGUUUGGGGUCACUUAGACAUUUCCUUGUUUUCGAAAUAAAAGCAAAAAAAUGUGUCUAUUAAAAUAACAUCAAAUUGAUCAGAAAUAUAGUGUAGACAUUGUUAAUGUUGUAAAUGGCUAUUGUAGCUGGAAACGGCAGAUUUUUAAUGGAAUAUCUACAUAGGCCCCCUGUAGCUCAGUUGGUAGAGCAUGGCGCUUGCAACGCCAGGGUUGUGGGUUCAUUUCCCACGUGGGGCCAGUAUGAAAAUGUAUGCACUCACUACCUGUAAGUCGCUCUGGAUAAGAGCGUCUGCUAAAUGACUAAAAUGUAAAUAGGCGUACAGAGGCCCAUUAUCAGCAACCAUCAGUCCUGUGUUCCAAUGGCACAUUGUGUUUGCUAAUCCAAGUUUAUCAUUUUAAAAUGCUAAUUGAUCAUUAGAAAACCCAUUUUGCAAUUUAUGUUAGCACAGCUGAAAACUGUUGUGCUGAUUUAAAGAAGCAAUAAAACUGGCCUUCUUGAGACUAGUUGGGUAUUUGGAGCAUCAGCAAUUGUGGGUUCGAUUACAGGCUCAAAAUGGCCAGAAACAAAGAACAACAGUGAAGAGGUGACUCCGGGAUGCUGACCUUCUAGGCAGAGUUGCAAAGAAAAGCCAUAUCUCAGACUGCCCAUCUUAAUCUUUUAUUUGUAUUGGCCAGUCUGAGAUUUGGCUUUUUCUUUGCAACUCUGCCUAAAAAGUCAGCAUCCCAGAGUCACCUCUUCACUGUUGACGUUGAGACUGGUGUUUUGCGGGUACUAUUUAAUGAAGCUGCCAGUUGAGGACCUGUGAGGCGUCUGUUUCUCAAACUAGAUACUCUAAUGUAUUUGUCCUCUUGCUCAGUUGUGCACCGGGGCCUCCCACUCUUCUAUUCUGGUUAGAGCCCGUUUGCGCUGUUCUGUGAAGGGAGUAGUACACAGCGUUGUACGAGAUCUUCAGUUUCAUGGCAAUUUCUCGCAUGGAAUAGCCUUCAUUUCUCAGAACAAGAAUAGACUGACGAGUUUCAGAAGAAAGUUAUUUGUUUCUGGCCAUUUUGAGCCUGUAAUCGAACCCAAAAGGUUCAGCUGUGCUAACACAAUUGCAAAAGGGUUUUCUAAUGAUCAAUUAGCCUUUUAAAAUGAUAAACUUGGAUUAGCAAACACAACGUGCCAUUGGAACACAGGACUGAUGGUUGCUGAUAAUGGGCCUCUGUACGCCUAUGUAGAUAUUCCAUAAAAAAUCAGCCGUUUCCAGCUACAAUAGCCAUUUACAACAUUAACAAUGUCUACACUGUAUUUCUGAUCAAUUUGAUGUUAUUUUAAUGGACAAAAAAUGUGCUUUUCUUUAGAAAACAAGGACAUGUCUAAGUGACCCCAAACUUUUGAACGGUAGUGUACGUGUGUGUCGAGUGCGUGUGCUAGCGCUUGUAUGCGUGUGUACAUAUGCAUACAUCAACAGAUACAUUUGUAAGCUUUUUGGGAAAUAACAUGUACAUACUUUUACCUGCAUUUAAGUACACAUUUCAGUUCAUGGGCUUUCUGCAAAGCAAAAAGGGCAGAUUGUAGUUGAGAGAGAGCCUUGUCAACAGAAGGUGCAACAGAAUACACAACAGUAUCGUACGCAUACAAGGGGAGGUUACAAUUUCUUAGACAAACCAAUAGUUUAUAUAGGUAGAUGCCAAAGAACGAGCUUGUGCUAGUAGCUAUCCAUGUUCCAGUGAAUGUGUCGCAAUCAAUUGUUUGACUGGACGGUUAGUGGGCUGCUACGCAUACUCUUCUGAAAUGAGUUCAUGAAACAUCCACCGUGGAGGCCGACCAAAACUAUUGUACAGAGGGCCUGGCAAGGGCUGGUGUCCUGCUUGCACUUCCAAGGGCACUUUGGAAGUGUGAAAAUUUGACAGCUACCUCCUAGUUUACCUCCUAGUUUGCAUCUGAUUGGUUCUUACCACCCACCUAUCAAGUGUGUUUAUUAUCACUGCUGAUGUACAUAGAGGAGUCUAUUGUAUUCUAUUAGGUUCUUACCUCAUUUUUGUAUCCCUUUAGUAAUGGACUGGGGAGGGUGGUAGGGUAGGAAUCAGGAUGGUGUUCUGUUUACAUUGUGUAAUGAUAUCUCUGACACUCGUGGCUUGACUUCUUUUAUCUAGUGAUGUGAUCCUGGUUUUUGACAUGGAGCCCAUUAUGUGGUCUCCCCUCCAAUAGUGGUUGAGCCCUGGCCUUCACACAUGCAGAUUAGCCAUGUGCUUGAUCCACCAUCAGCCAGCUAAGUACCUCAGCGGGAAAACACACACACACACACACACACAUUCUUCAGGCCUGCACUGUGACAACCUAUCAAUAAGAGCCUGUUUUGAAAGCAUUGAGGUCUGUUGUAAAUGUGAGCAUGUGGAGGAAGGAUCCCUCCAUUACACAGGCAUUCUUUCCGAAAAAUGUUUUAACAACCACUAGUCUCUAUUGUAGCUUAAUUUUCCCAAGGCUAAGCCCCCCACAGUGUUUAAAGAUGAUGUGCAAACCGCAGCACUACACAAAAUAUGGACUUUUCAGAUGGAAGUUUCUUCUUGUAUUCACCAGCUAAUUCCUGCUGUCUCCAGCAUGCUCUGAGAUCCUGUCACUGACAAGCCUAUAGUAAAAAUGUCUACUUUGGAAGAUGAUGAUAAUCUUCGCUAAGGUAUUGUAAUUGAGUCUUAAAUUAGGCUUUUUAAAAGAGGACGUGUCCUGUUUUUCUAGCAGCUCGCCCUCAUUCUGGCUUUGAGCAUGCGGACCUUGGCACAUCAGAAGUACUAUGGAGGGAAUGAUGCUGGCUUUGGUCUCUGACAUUAUUGCCAUCAAAGCUCCUAGUUGUAUUACGUUUUGACAAGUGGAUAUGUUUACAUUUUAGAUGCAGUUUGUGGAUAUAGCCAGAUAAUGUGGUACAUGCUGGGGUUUGAUGCCUGUGAUGUGCAGGAUGGUUCUAUUCAAGUCUGGACGUCAGUGAGUCUGGACGUCAACUUCAUUGUGGGUUGGAGAGGGUUCGUCCCGUGCUCUUUGGUUACCCCUAGUGUAGGGUUACAGACAAACCAGAGAUUGUGUUUUAGGAACUCACCCCAGGCAUAUUUAUGAUAGAUUUGUAAGAAUUGUGCUGGCUUAAAGUGGAGGUGAUCCUCUUCUACCUCUCGAGAUGCAGGUUUGAUGUCUCGCUCUAGGUCUCCUCCCCUCCCUCUUAUGGUCAAUUGAACACAUGGCACUGGGACUUUGGCAGUUAAUGCUCAGUAUUUCAUCAGUGUCCUGAAUGGCACUCUAUUCCUUAUACAGUUUUCUACUUUUCACCAGGACUUAUAGGGUUCUGGUCAAAAGUAGUGCACUAAAUAGGGAUUAGGGUGUCAUUUGGGAUGCAGUCCUUUUAUUUUGCUGAUUUGUAGGUAGAUUUCCCCCUCUGAAUGGCCUCAUUCACAUGGACAGCAAGCCCUAGUUUGGUAGAUUAGCCUACAGCAGACAGAAGUGUUUGGCUGGCAGAAAUUGAGUGAUUUUGCUCGAUGGACUCCUAAUACAGGGAAAAACGAAAACAAGCUUGACCCAUUUGCGUAAAUUUUUUUUUCUCCCAUCAUUCUUUGCUCUGCAGCUAUUUUCUCCAGUCUUUCUUUUGUGGGUUGAGACUUUCUCAAAAUAAUGGACCCACCACACCUUCAUGUGUGGUGUUUACCAACGGAUUGAAACCAUUUACAGGUCAUAAAAUGGAAUAAGAACAACACGAAAUCAAAUGUUUACUGCUGGUACCUGGAAAGGAUUCUUGUGUUUUCGACCUCAUUAGACGAAGUGUUGCGUACGUAUUUAGUCCGAAAGUGUAGGCUUUAGGAUUUAAGGAGCUUUUUCUAAAUCUGAUGAACUAGUCAGCCUUUUUUUGUAGCGAGAUGGUUUUCUUUUAAGACUGUUAGUCAUUUGAGUUUACCAUGCUGGAUUCUGGAAGUGUCAAAUCAAAAUAUUAGUGUUGCUUGGGCCUUUGUUUCUGUCUUCGAACAAAAAUGAUUAAUUCAAAUUAGGCAUACUGCCAGAUAUACGAUCCUUUUACAAAAUAUUGUUGGUACAACAUCCUCCAACUUGCUUUCAUUGAUGAUAAUCCCAUCGGAGCUAUAGUGAAAACAUUUGAAUCGUUUUUAUUCUGGAUAACCUACCCUUAAAUGUCAUUUAGUGAGUGUGUGUUAAACUCCCUGGGUGCCCAGGCAUGAGUGCUGACACCCAGACUGUUCAUUUAAAGUGGCCCCUCGGGCUUUCUCGAUUGCUCACAUUUUCUUUAAGUGCUGCUUCAAUUGGCCUGAAUUUAGCACUGACAUGAGAAGAUUAGUUUGAAUUGCUCUCACUCUUUUUUGGCACAGCCUGCCGAGCCUCUGGAGAAUAACCUGACUCCUAAAGCACUUGACGGCACAUUAUCCUGGAUAUCUUACCAACCCCUGGACCUCUCUGCCAACCUCAGGCUAUUUAAUAGGGCUCCGGUGGAGUGAUGGAGAAAUCGGAUGUAUUGAAACAUAAAAACAACUUUUGUAAUUUGCAAGACAUGGGGAAUAGGCCUACUUCAAUACUGGGCAGCUGUCAUACUGAAAUUUGAGUAUUGAUAGUCAGAUUUGGAUCAUGUCGCUAUCGUUUUCUUGCUAGUUUUGCUCUUAGUCUAGACCAGGGGUGUCAAACUCAUUUUAACUCAGGGGCCACAUGGAGGAAAAUCUAUUCCCAAGUGGGCCGGACCGGAAAAAUCAUGGUAUAUAUAACUUAAAAACAACAACUUCAGAUUGUUUUCUUUGUUUUAAUACGAUCAACAUACAACAUAAAGCUGGAGCCUGAGGACAGUGUGUCCAAAAUAGUACAAGCACAAUAUCACUAUUAAUCAUAAAACACGUCAAGUUUAUUUGAAAAUUCUAAAGAAAAAGAACACACAAACACACAAUGCCUCAGUGAUUAACAGAACUGUUUCACAGAUCACAGAACUAUAUCAGGGUGUCAUUUCUCAGGCAGAAAUGUAGAUAAAAAUAAUGAAAUCCUGUUCCCCAAACAAGUGCAAGAACCACAGAGUCAAGAAUAGGUUAAAUAUACAAAUAAAAUAAAAUCAAUUAAAAACAAUAGCACAUCAACAUAAAAACAUAAAUCUGAAAGCGUUGCUCAAACUCCCGUAACAGUCCAGUUAUUUUAUCUUUGAACCGCUUCAUGUCUGCCACAUGUUGGGUCGCGCACACAUUUUUCAGACAGGGGAAGUGAGCUGCAUCACCACCGGCAAGUUGCGUCUCCCACAAUGACAGCUUCAACUUGAAAGAACGUAUGCUGUCAUAAUACUGCGUGACAACUUUGUUGCGCCCUUGCAGCUGUUUGUUCAAGUUAUUCAGGUGUUCUGUAACAUCCACCAUAAAUGCAAGGUCCGGCAUCCAUUCUGCGGAAUGAAAUUCUAACACUGGUUUGCCCUUUUCUUCCAUGAACUGUUCAAUUUCUUCUCGUAAAUCAAAGAAACGCCUCAGCACAGCACCUCGGCUUAACCAUCUUACCUCAGUGUGGUAUGGCAGGCCAUAGAUGUGGUCUUUCUCUCUGAGAAGGCUGUCAAACUGACGGUGAUUCAGGCUUCUGGAUCUGAUGAAAUUAACAGUUUGGAUGACCACCUUCAUGACGUUAUCCAUCUUUAAUGACUUGCAACACAAAGCCUCCUGGUGCAAAAUACAGUGAAAAGUCAAAUCACGUCCUCCAUUUGCAGAUUGCACUUUCUCUCUGAACUUUGUCACAACGCCUGCUUUUUUCCCGAUCAUUGAGGGCGCACCAUCUGUAGCCAGGCUGACAGCGCGGGACCAGUCCACUCCGACCCUGUCCAGCGCGCCGACGAGUGCGGUAAAAAUAUCAGCUGCUGUCGUUGUAUCUGUCAUCGGCACCAACUCCACGAACUCCUCGGUGACGGUCAAUGUGUCAUCAACUCCGCGGAUGAAAAAAUGGCCAGUUGUGCAACAUCUGUAAUGUCCGUGCUUUCAUCAAUUGCAACCGAAAACGCAAUAAAUGACUUUACUUUUUGCUUCAACUGGCUGUCCAAAUCCACUGAAAGAUCGGAAAUCCUGUCUGCAACUGUGUUUCUUGUCAGGCUGAUAUUUGCAAAAGCCUGCCGCUUUUCAGGGCACACAAUCUCCGCUGCCUUCACCAUGCAUGUUUUUACAAAUUCACCCUCACUAAAUGGUUUUGAAGCCACUGCGAUUUCAUUAGCAAUGAGGUAGCUAGCUUUCACUGCAGCGUCACUGAUGUCUCGGCUGUGAGUAAACACAGACUGCUGUUUCUUCAGACCCGCCAACAGUUCAUUCACCUUCUCUCAUCUCCGCUGUCCUUGAAAGUUGUCAUAUUUGUCGGCAUGAAGACUCACAUAGUGGCGACGAAGGUUAUAUUCUUUCAGCACUGCAACAUGCUCUGAACACACCAAACAUACAGCUUUCCCAUUCAAUUCUGUGAUUAAAUAGGAUGACCAUUUUUCUUGGAACACUCUGCACUCUGCGUCCACUUUUCUCUUUUUGACAGAGACAUAUUGGGGCAAUGAGGGUGCCAAAGCACAUAAUGUUAAAAGUAGAAGCCGUAAUAAAUAUUGCGGGCAAAACAAAGUAGCUCAUUGGCUGCACGUGCUUGACCUACUUGCUCUGCCCUGGUAUAAACAGUUUGCUUGCUUAACACAAUUGCUAUUGCGCCAUCCAGUGGACGCAAUUGGAACAGCAGUUAAUUUUAUUGAAAAAUUGCAGCCCAUUUUUAUACUAAAAAAAGUAAAAAAAAAAAAUUUUUUUUUUUUUUAUCAUCUCGCGGGCCUGAUCCGGCCCGCGGGCCGUACGUUUGACACCCCUGCUCUAGACUUUAGAUAUUUGAAUAAGAACUCAUGACUAAGGGAGGGGCCUUUGACCUUGCAAGCUGUUGGCUGUAUUAUAAAAUGUCUAUAGCAUAGCAAGCCCGAUCUUAUGCUAAUUCCUCCCAUCUCUCUCUUUUAGGUGCCACCCAUGGACACCAUGGCGAUGAAGCGCUCUCAGCUCUAUGGCAUGGGCAACAACCCUUAUUCCCAGCAACAGCAGGGCGGGGGCGGAUCCUACCCUGGCCAGCCAUACGGAUCGCCUUCUCCUCACCGCUACCCAGUGGGAAUGCCCGGGAGGGGUCAGAUGGGCAUGAGUGGAAUGCAGUAUCCUCAACAGCAGCAGGUAUGUUCUCUAUUUUAGGCUAGUCAUUAACCACUGCCUAAAUGUCUGCCAUUGCAAUGUAGGCUACUUCUCUACACAAGACUGUCAGCAUUCAGUAGCUAUCACAUUACGUAUUCACUUUUACAAGAAACAGCAUUGGGAUGUCCUUUCACCAGUUACACCGGUGACUGAAGGCAGAGGGCUCUUCAGAGCUGUGUGGGUUUUGAAUGGCAAUCACCUUGCAGGUUAAAAAAGUAUUGGCCUGUCGUCCCAUCACACCCAAGGCAUGGGUCUGUCAGUGUGCCUGCCUGUCCGUGGUUGCAUCCCAGAUGGCACCCUGUUCCUUAUGGACCGGGUCGAAAGUAGUGCACUAUAUAGGGAAUAGGGUGCCACACAACCCCUGUGUGGGUGGACGGGGCUGUGACUGAGUGUAGGGAUCUGUUGACAUGCAGCAUGGCUGUCAGAGCAGAGCAUUGUGGGCCAGGCUGGGUUGAGUCAGCCUAUUCUGGUUAGUCAGACUGCACUGCUACUAUAUUUAGCCACUGGACAGACUGCUGGGCUUGGCUCUAAUGCUCCUCCAGAGACGGCCUGGCAGUGGCCCUCACAUGGGACCAGGCUGCCGACGUAGCAUGAUGUGUGAUGGUCCUAAAUAAGGACUGAAGUCAGCCUCACUAGUAGUAUUUGUGUCCAGUAUGCAGAACUCACUUGUGCCGUACACAAUCUCUCUCACUCUCACACAUACACACAUAUUGUACAUACACUCACUGUUUGUUUAGCUGAUUUGAAGUAAAUUCUCUGUUUCACAUUGGCCCCCUUUCAUUCCGUCCGUUAUCCUUCCAAUGACAGGUGAUGACAUCACCAUGCUAGUGUCCAUUGCUGCCAUCAACAUGCUAGUGUCCAUUGCUGUCAUCACCAUGCUAGUGUCCAUUGCUGUCAUCACCAUGCUAGUGUCCAUUGCUGUCAUCACCAUGCUAGUGUCCAUUGCUGUCAUCACCAUGCUAGUGUCCAUUGCUGUCAUCACCAUGCUAGUGCCCAUUGCUGUCAUCACCAUGCUUGUGCCCAUUGCUGUCAUCACCAUGCUAGUGCCCAUUGCUGUCAUCACCAUGCUAGUGCCCAUUGCUGUCAUCACCAUGCUUGUGCCCAUUGCUGUCAUCACCAUGCUUGUGCCCAUUGCUGUCAUCACCAUGCUAGUGUCCAUUGCUGUCAUCACCAUGCUAGUGUCCAUUGCUGUCAUCACCAUGCUAGUGCCCAUUGCUGUCAUCACCAUGCUAGUGUCCAUUGCUGUCAUCACCAUGCUAGUGUCCAUUGCUGUCAUCACCAUGCUAGUGCCCAUUGCUGUCAUCACCAUGCUAGUGUCCAUUGCUGUCAUCACCAUGCUAGUGUCCAUUGCUGUCAUCACCAUGCUAGUGUCCAUUGCUGUCAUCACUCAUCACCAUGCUAGUAGCUCUGUCACUGGGAAGCUCUCUGAAACCAAGAUGACAGCAAAUACUACUCUUUCUCUCCAUGUUUUGAAGCCACAUUUUUCUCUCAUCAUAUACCAAUGUCAUAUUGAUACUGCCUGUGUGGCACUGGAUACGUGUCUGCAGCAUUUUCCAGUUUGACCCCAGGGCUCUAUGUGUUAGUGUCAGCUCUGCUUGCUUUUCCAUCUCGGAGAGAGAGAGAGAGCGAGCAUGUAAUGACUUUUAUCAGCGCCGGGCCCCAAAUGGCCCCUUAUCCAUUACCUCAUGGAUCCCACCUGAAAUUGGAUGUUUCAACUAUUCAGAUACCACCGGGGCUCCGUUUUGCUACUUUAUAUUGAUUGUGUUCCCUUCUCUCUCCUCCGAGUGGGGGGGGGGGGGGGGGGGCACCACAGAGAGAAGAGAUGCAGCAGCCCAUAUUAGAGAUGCCAUUCAGAGAUCAAGCUUAAUAUUUCAAGAUAAUUAGGAAUGGACUCUAUUAUACAGGCUCGCUUUCCUCCUUGCUGUGUGUCUUCCCUCGCAUCCUGCUGUCUUUGGUCUGGUGUCACCAGUCCUAAAUGGCACCCUAUUCCCUAUAUAGUGCACUACUUUUGACCAGGGCUCUGUAUAGGGAAUAGUGUGCCAUUUGGGACAUUCCCCUGGUGUCAUCAGUCCCUGCUCCUUAUGGAGGUCUGAAAGUGACUGGCCUAUGAAAACAUAUUACAGGGUUAAGAAGCCAUGCUGCAUCUUCCAAAACUCUGAUUCGUUGUCAUGCUGAUUUGAUUAUAGAUCAUGCACACAAGCUAAGACGUCUUUGAGACGAUGACAUAUUUCCAUUACCCUGUGUCCUGCCUGGCAUUGUAAUGUCUCAGUAACCAACACCUCAUUUAAGCAAAGGUCUUCCUAGUUCCAACCCUCUGUUUUUUUUGGUAGCUGUCAGUUUGUUCUUAGUAAAUGAGCCACACUCUGCACUGACUGACAAUGGCACUGGCAGCACCUGAUUGGGUCUAAGCCUGCUGAAGUGAUAGUGUCCUCCUCCAGCCUUGUACAUAUUGAUCAGAGUAGUUAUUUGAUGGGACUUUACAGGAGCCAGUUAAUGCAGACAGACUCUGGCAGAGAGGGGGGUUGCGUUAAAAUAAUCUCCUUUCUCCCAAAGUGUGCACUUGUUUGUCACUUCCCUUCACGGAUUUGAAAUAAAAUAGCUGGUAUAAGAACAUUUUGGAAUUCCCCUCUAGCCUUUGCCUACACCAAUCCAAAGCUUUUCCAUUUGUGGAGUAGUGAAGAAGAGCACACUCUCACCACUGCUGCUGGUGGUACGUCAUUCAGAUGCUCUUGGCCUGGCCAAGGCCUGUAAAUGGGCUCAGAGGAGAGGAGUGAUGAGCUAGGAUAGGUACAGUCGACAAGAGUGGAGGGGUUGGGAGAGGGGGAGUGAGGCAAUUAGAGAGAGAGCGAGGGAGGGGAGGGGAGGGGGAGAGAGGCAGGGAGCUAUGGGAGGUUGAGUUAUCCUCCCAGACAUCAGUGUCAGUUCCAGAGCUCGUGUGGAAAAACCGCCUUGACGCCCUCAGGCUGAAGGAGCUGACGGCUGGUUGGGCGAUGAGCAUUGCACACAGCUAUUGGAUUGUAAGACUGCUCAGCUCUGCACUCCCAUAUGGGCCUCCAUGUUUCUGGGACUAUGUCUCAAAUGGCACCCUAUUCCCUAUGUAGUGCACUACUUUAGGUAUAACCCAGCCAUUAUCAUAGAUUGCUCUUAGGUUUCAUAGAUUUCUGAUAUUUCAUAGAAUGACCAGGCUAGUGUUCUUGUCCUUGGCUUUUGAAUCGUUGUGUCAUUGAGGGGGAGGCCCCUUCACCAACAGGGGAUGCUGAACUCUGCCUCUAUUGCAGAAACCUUAUGAUCGAUCGUGUUAUGUUUACAGAUUUCUAGAUGGUGUACUCUACAGUAGAUAUCACUCUUGCUGUUCGGUACAUUGAUCAAAAACUGCAUCACCGCUGGUUGUGUGUAUUUCUUUCUAGACUUGGAAACAUGGCCAGUAAGUGACUCCAGGUGAGGCGGAGAGAGGGAUGAGCCAAUAACAGCUGUUCCCCAAAACGCCUUACGUAAGACUGUUAUGAACAGCUUGCGAUGAAUGGAGGAGGAGGAGAGCGGCUGUGGCCGCGUCCCAGAUGGCACCCUGUGGGCCCUGGUCAAAAGUAGUGCACUAUUUAGAGAAUAGGAUGCCAUUUGGGAUGCGGAGGCUGUGUGUAUUGGAUACAAAAUUAAUGUAUCGAGGCUGGAGAGGAGAGAAACCCUCCAGAGUCCCGCUCAUCACUUCUCACUGCCAUUAGUCAACCCCAGUACAGAGCACGGUAAACAACCUAGCAGGCAGUGGGACUGAGUGCAAAUUCAUUAGGCUAUACUGCACCACGUUGAUUGUGAGUGUAGUUAAUCAAAUUCAGUUCUGUAUAUGUUUUUUUUUAUUGAAUGCUGAUAAGAUGUGAUAGUGAACUAAAGGCCAUUGGUCUUUAGUCAUGUAGCGGACGGCUCUAUCCAAAACGUCUUUGUGGGCAUUGACAGUGAGAGGUUUUAAAGAAUAUAUACCCUAUGAUAUCUGAUGUCUCCCUUACUGUCUCUCAGCAGAUGGCAGCUCAGUAUAGGCAGCAGCAGGGGGGCAUGGGUGGGUACUGCCAGCCACAAGGCCAGCCCCCGUACUUCAUCCCUCCCCAGCAGCAGCCCACCGCCCCCACACAGCCCCCCUACAUGCAGCCACGUCCACUGCCACAGCAG